UUUGGAGUCGCUGCGGGACCGGACCGGAUCUGCUCCGGAUUGUCCCCGGGAGGAAAGGAACAGCGUUUCCAAGCCGCAAAUUGAAGACAGUUUGGAGCUCUCGGCUCCCAUCCCGGACCGGGUUGAGUUGCGGGCAGUGCUGGGACAAUUCUUUGUUCGGGGGGUGGGGGUACCGUACCGCUGGAGCGUCUGCUAACCGGGGCAGUCCGGCUGGUGUUGGCUUCGUGUUCACUCCGGUGCCAUGGCACAGGUCAAGCUAACAGACUACUUCCCGCAGACUAAAAAAGCGAAGCGGGACCCGCUGUCCGCGAAACCCGGGAAGGAGGGGUCUCCAGGCGACACAACCUGGUCACUGGCCGAGGAGCGUGGACCGUCCCGGAGGAAAGUGCUGGAAGCUCGGCCGACGGUACCGCGGGCUCGGGCCCGGGCUCCCAGCAGCGAAAGCUCGCCUCUCGCACCGGUCAGAACGCCCGCCGUUCAGGACACCUUUAAAUCGGUGCCCGCAAGCCGGGAAAAAGUUUGCACGACCCCCAAACGGGAGGCAGGUCGGACAGCGUCCACGCUUGAGUAUCUUGUGACCCCGUCAAAAGGGGUCUCGGAGUUCGACUUGGGGGCUGCCGGUUUGGGGCCUGGUGGCGACGGAGGAACCGGGCGGCAGACCAGCACAGCGAAAAAACGCUGCCGCUCCGAUUCGAUCGAUGAGGCCGAGUCACGGCCGGUGGCAGUGUCGGUUUUGCAGGGCCCACAGCGGGUCCCGUCUGCCCGGAGGUGCCUGGUGCUGCAGCCACGAGAAGCAGAUGAUGGUCUGCAACGAGAUACCAAGGCUGAAGAAACGGCGCCGCUACCACCGGAGGCCACGGUGGACAAGGCACCUGGAAAGGAGGAUCUUUUGGCUUUAAAGAGCCGGUUGCAAAGAAUUCAGAAGCUCAGCCAAACAGCUCAUUUCCCUGCACCUUCUGAAUUGAGCGCUGAUGCCAAAAGUCGCCUAAAGCGAGUUCGAGAACUCAAACUGAAGAUACAAGAAAAUAAAGAGCUGGAAAAGACAGAUGAGCCAGAGGAAAAAUUAAGUGAGGAUGAAAGGGUGAAGACACCAGCUUACCAGCGUUUCCACAACUUGGCACAAGAUGUCCCACCAGGGUUGACCUUGCCUUUCAAAUACAAGGUGUUGGCAGAGAUGUUCCGUAGUAUGGACACUGUUGUGAGCAUGUUGUUCAAUCGCUCCGAGACCAUUACCUUCGCCAAGGUGAAACAGGGUGUUCAGGACAUGAUGCGGAAACAAUUUGAACAGCGAAAUGUUGGACAAAUUAAGACAGUUUACCCAUCGGCAUACAAGUUCAGGCAGGAGAAAGGAAUCCCAACGUGGAGUGGCUCUGUGAAGAAAUCUGACUACCAGCUCACCAUCGAUCCUGUGUUUGAAGGAGGGGAGAAAUGUGAAGGGCAGACACAACUGAAAGCCUCCCACAUGCUUUUGCGCCGGCGCAUUUUCCAUCGGAACCUUACAAACAUGGUGAAGCAGUACCAUAAGGCAUUUUUAGCUUCUCUUAACCCUCCGAUGAAUGUCCCUGAUGACAAGCUGACGCGAUGGCACCCACGCUUUAAUGUGGAUGAAGUCCCUGACAUUGUUGCUGCAGAACUUCCCCAGGCUCCAGGUAUUGAGAAGCUAACAACGGCCCAGGAAGUACUGGAUAGAGCCCGCAGCAUGAUGACACCAAAGAUGGAGAAAGCACUUGCAAACAUGGCCCUCAAAUCUGCAGAAACUGCCAUGGCUGCCACCACCGAACGAAAGGAGCAAACAGUUCAGAGCCCACGUCCAAGUCCUGGCCCUUCUAAUGCACUGAAAGGGAUCUCGCAGAGUUUGCUCGAGCGGAUCCGUAACAAAGAAGCUCAAAAACUUCAGGCAGCAAUGACGAGGAAUCCUGCACAGACUGAGCGUCUUCAUAUGAUGACGAGACUUCCUGAGAUAACAAGAAUUCUGCGCAAUGUCUUCGUGACGGAGAAGAAACCAGCUUUGAAUAUUACCAUGGCAUGUAACAGAGUGAUUGACAGCUACCGCUCUUCAAUGCCCCUGGGUGAUAUGGAGAAACACUUGCGUUUACUGGCUGAUACUGUUCCUGACUGGCUGACUAUCCAUAUAAUCAGGAAGGAUGUGUACCUGAAGUUGAACAAGGAUGUGGAAUUGAGUAUGGUUGUGGAGAAGAUUGCAAAAAAGAUAAAGGAAGAGGAAAAAGCAUGAUUUUUAAAUACUUUUUUUUACACACAACCUCUGCACAGAACCUGAAUAUCUAAUGUAAAAAUGUGAAUUGUGUAUCUGUAUAUUGGAUAACAGGAAACAAAUGCAAUGGCAUAGCAUACAGAUUUUAUAGAUCAAUAUAUUUCUUGGGAAGUUUUCUUGACAACUACACAAUACAUUUGUAAGGCAGUAGUCUGAGUAUAGUGUUUUCUUAAAUUGAGUAUUGACUAUGGCAAGUAAUAUUUCUCAGAGGUGAGAGAAAAUAAUUCAGCUUGUAAUACAGUUUCAAAGAAUAAGUAUUGUGUAAUGUUCAUGUCUUCCAGGAGCAGUGGUUUCUUCUGUUUGAUUUCAAACAGUAGUGUUCACUGGUUCAGUAAUUUAUACUUUGAAAAACCUUUUGGGAACCAUGAAUAGAUGUUAAAUUAAAAAUCGGAAUUGUGUGUAUGGGUGGUGGUGGUGGAGAGAAGGGAAUGAUUUUAAUGAACAAUUUGAUUAAAUGUUUCGCUUCUGUGACGCCUGAUUUUUAUUUUGAAUCUAUGACCAAUUAGAAGUUGCAGUUUUGUAACCUGCCCUGCAAGCUUGGACAAGUGAGCGGAAGACUGUUCCCAAGUUCAGGUUCCAAAGUUAAACCGUGUUUUUGCAACUGUGCUGCGUGCAUCUCUGCCAUUGUGGUGGUAGCAAUUACCUUCAGUCAGCUCUGCUUCACUGUUUUACAUUAAACUUCGACAGGUGUUCUAGAGUCUUGUCAGUGGUUACUUCAACUGUUAUACAGCUUAAUGACUUUAUAUACUUCACCUUCUGGCUUGUAUUUGGGAAUAAAUGCAAUCUGAAUUGACCACUCGGCCUGAACACCCAUGUAAUCAUUGCUGGAUUCCAGUGUGCUGUCUUGCAAAUUCUGUUCAAGCCAAAUACAGCUGCUUCCCUGUGACAUCUGCUGGUCUCUAGAUAACUGGACCAUUACACUUUGUUAUACCCAAGAAUAUAAUCAGAAUGUCAACCCUUGCAGGGUGAGCAUAACCCUGAACAUUCUUUUAAUGUUAAGAAUGAUUAAUAUUUCUUCUGUCAGCCUAUUAUUUGUGGUUGUAUUUUUAAUCUCCACCAUUUGCAUGUUUUUUUUUGUUUGGUGGUUCCCCCUGAUGUUUAACACUGGGGAGCUUGGAUGUAAGUGCUGCAAUAUCAUGUCAUUCAUGUUUUAAGUAUCCAAGUGGUUGAAAUGUAGUCUAUAAAUAUUAACUCCAGGUUAGGUCAAGACAGGGUUUAAAUGAAGUUACUUCAUAUAUUAUCUCAUUCCUUCUGGCCAAUGCCUUCACAUUUGUAAAGUUUAGUGCCUGCUAACUGGACACAAUACUCACUGGAGGCCAGGUUACUGUUAGCUUUACCUGCCCAUCACCUUUGUUUCUGCGUGUGAUUGGUAUAUGUGGCUUUCCUCCCACAGUCCAAAGAUGUUCUGGUUGGUCAUUGUACAUACAUUGUCCUGAGAAUAGGUUGGUGUUUAAUAGGUAGGUUGCUGGGUGCUGUGGCUCAUUGGGCUGGAAGAGCAUGUUCUACACUGUACCUCUUAAAUGGGAUAAUGUGGGAAACAAGCAUUUAUCUAAGAAUCAAUAAGGACUCAACAGUUUUCAGCUAGCUAGAGUACAACUGUGGCCAAAAACUAAUCGGUUCAUUGGCAACAUGUUGAAGAAAGCAGUUUCAGAGGCCAGAUAAAUUUUAGUGAUGCGGCUCUCAUACUCAUAAGCAGAUAGACAGGGUUUUUGAUAGAACUUUUUCAAGACAAGCAGCAUAUAUGAUAAUAUUCUCUGUUUUCCUCUUAAGCAGCUGCAUGAAUUAUGUUAUUGUCUAAAAAAUAAUUGGAACUACAGUCGUUUGCCCAACAUGGUGUAAAUUGAGUUGAUCAUUUCCCAGGAUGCAGAGAGUAAUUUCAAGGCCAUGUUUCUUCCCCUUUCUUUCUGAAGUUAAUGCAUAUUACACAUCUGUCCUUUUAAGAGAGCUGCAGGGUGCCAUUAAGAAAGCCAUUACAGGAUUUUUGCACAAAAGGUCACAUCUAUGUUCUACAUCCAAAUCAUGGACUGAUAUUGAAGGGGAAUGUGAGAUUUAAUGUCACUCUGUUCCUAUGUUGUUAUCAUUUUCUGCAGGAAUGCUAAAAAUAAGUUUGAAGUUGCAGUGAGCGCUGUUAACAACAUCUAUGGAAAAAAGUAAACAGUCAACAUUUUGGGCUGAGACCCUUCAUCAGGGCCUCAGCCCAAAAGGUCGACUGUUUACUCUUUUCCAUAGAUGCUGCCUGGCCUGCUGAGUUCCUCCAGUGUUUUGGGUGUGGUGCUUUGAUUUCCAGCAUUUGCAAAUUUUCUCUUGUUAAUAACAUGUAUACUGGUCCAAUAAAUAUCCAGCCAGUGGUGUGGUGACAUACUGCGCCAGACUUCAAAGUGUGUGGUCCCACGUUCAAAUCUAUCCAGCUCCUUGCUAGCUUGACACACAACCCAGCGAGGAUGGAAAGCAUGCAACUUGACCUCUUAAAAAAAAACAGACAUACUAAGAAAUGGCAAGGUUGCCAAGUGAUAUGCAGAGAAGAACUGUGGUCCAGGAAAUUGUGUAAAAUUAUGCUGUGUUCAUGCAUGUAUUUCAUUGCAUUCCUUAAACUUUACAAGCAGAAGAAAUAAAUCAAAGUGUACUGCACCAAUAAAGUACUUUAAAUGUAAUCAGAAUUCAGUUAUCACUGACGUGAUGUGAAAUUUAAUUUAGCAGCGGCAGCAGUUCAAUGUAAUACAUAAUAUAGAAGUGAAAAAAGUAAGUCAAUUACAGUAUAGUAUACGUACAGUAUACUGAAUAGAUUAAAAAUUGUGCAAAAACCAGAAAUGAUAGAUGAAAUUGAAAAUAGUGAGGUAUUGUCUAAGGGUUCAAUGCCUAUUUAGGAAUCGGGUGGUAGAGGGAAGAAGCUGUUCCUAAAUUGCUUCAGGCUUCUGUCCCUUCUGCCUGAUGGUAACAUUGAGAAAAGGGCAUGCCCUGGGUGCUGCAUUUCUGAGAUGCCACUCCCUGAAGAUGCCUUGGGUACUUGGGCUAGUACCCAAGAUGGAGCCGACUAAAUUUACAGCCCUCUGCAGCUUCUUUCGGUCCUAUGCAGUAGCUCCCCGCCAUCCCCCAUACCAGACGGUGAUGCAGCCUGUCAGAAUGCUCUCCACGGUACAUCUAUAGAAGUUCUUGCGUGUAUUUGUUGACAUACCAAGUAUAGCCGCUGUCUUGCCUUCUUUAUAACUGCAUUGAUCUGUUGGGACCAGGUUAGAUCCUCAGAGAUCUUGAAACUGCACACUCUCUCCACUUCUGAUGACUCUGCUUUGGACACUUUUAACUUGCACUGGACACUUAUAACUUGAUUUUAACUGAUAUGUGGCUGUUGUGUUUUACUAUUUAUUGUUAUGUUUAUUAUUUAGUGCUGCGUUUGUUAUGUUACGAUUGCACUGCCCCUGA